GGAACGGACACCUCAAUUGGUAGGUUAGGGACCUGCUGCCAAGUGGUGAUCACAGAGAGAACUGAACCCAUGGCGAGUACUUCAUGGCUGUUCGCUGGCAACAUUCCAGUUGGGUAGUGGGAUGAACCAUUCAAUUGAAAUAUCUUGUUUUUUGUAUCUAUGUGGAUAAAAUAUUAUUGAUGGACCCCUCAAGAUCCAAAACGAGCCAAUCAUAAACGCCGACCAGUAGUAACGAGAACCCACCCUGUCCUACGUACGUUGUUCCGAUCCCCAUCAGCCAGAACAGUCUCGAGUGCAGAUAGUACUCAAUUGCUGCCACCAUGCAAGUGCCAGCAAGCGGGCCGUUUGGCGGGCUCUCCGUCACACUCACCAAGGCCACGGUAUCCCCACGUGAACCCACCUUGUACACGUUGUCCAUAGCCAACAAGGUCACGCACGCCCAGUGUGCCAUCUCCAAGUCCGACAUGGACUUUGCUGCGUUCCGCCAGCGAAUAUGCGCUGCGCUCGAACACGGCCACUCGUGCUCGGCAGAGUGUCCAUGGAUGUACUUUCGCGUGCAGGAAGCCAAGCCACGCCGUUGGUUGUUCAUGCGGUCCAAGCAUCGACAGGUCCAAGCCAACCUGGCCACUCAUCAGUCCAUGUUGACCAGCCUAUUAGACUUUAUGCGGACACCCAGGAAUCAAUCGUGUGGUCGCGCGACGACUGUGGUGCCGAGCGAAGUUGCCCGGUUUCUGUUUGACGGAAUGGACGACAGGGAGCUGGGGCUCUACGCUGCGUCCCCCAUGUCCAAAUAUCGCAUGUCCAUCACGCCCAACUUGGUCAAGUUUGCGAUUGCAGACUGCUCUAUCUGCAAGAACUGCAUGGAUCCAGAAGAUCUGGUGUCGGCGGCGUUGACCACCCUUCCCUGCGGCCAUGUCUUCCACGAUGUCUGCAUUCUCAUGGCAUUGCACCGCCAGUUAGUGUGCCCCAGGUGCGACGACGAAGGCAAGAACAGCACGGACAACAGCAGCAGCGACGACAGCGACAGUGUUGUGGACUUAUUGUAGUGUUGUGGACUUAUUGUAGUGUUAACUGACCCCGUAAUCAACUCCUAUUUAGCCACGUA